AUGACUUCUCUCCCUGAAUUUAAGAGUGGCGGCGGUGCCUUGCAGGACGAUGACGCGCAGCUGGCAGCUCUAGGCCACAAGCCGGAGUUGAAGCGACAAUACUCGAUGUGGUCGAUGCUGGGGUUGGCCUUUGCAGUACUCAAUUCAUGGACUGCUCUUGCUGCGAGCCUGUCGAUCAGUAUCACUUCUGGUGGGAGUACAAGUGUGAUCUGGGGUCUGGUCACCGCUGGAUUGUGUAACCUGUGCAUCGCUUCCUCGCUGGCCGAGUUCCUUUCUGCCUAUCCCACCGCCGGUGGUCAAUAUCAUUGGGUCGCUGUCAUUGCUUGGCCAAAAUGGGUCCCUCUACUCUCGUGGAUCACCGGCUGGAUCAACGUGGCAGGCUGGGUGGCGCUGGUGGCAACCAAUUCACUUCUUUCAAGCCAACUUAUUGUCGGGUGUAUCUCGGCUAUGCAUCCGGGCUAUGUGGCUGAAAGAUGGCAUCAGUUCCUCAUUUAUGUCGGAUUGACGCUGGGAUCUUUCGUCAUCAAUGCUUUUGGAAACUCGAUUCUACCAUUGAUUUAUCGCGGUGCCUUCACCUGGUCAAUUGGAGGAUUUGCUCUCGUAUCGAUCACGGUGCUGGCAUGCGCCUCGCCCGACUUUAAUUCUGCCUAUUUUGUGUUCUGCAAUUUCGUCAACACGACUGGAUGGCCGGAUGGAGUGGCAUGGCUGCUGGGCUUACUCCAGGGAGGACUUGGCGUGACGGCUUUUGACGCGGUGGUUCAUAUGAUCGAAGAGGUACCUAAUCCUUCCAUCGAGGGCCCAAAGAUUAUGGUCUCAUGCGUGGGUAUUGGCACCUUCACCGGGUCCAUCUUUUUGAUCGUUCUGCUGUUCGUGGCAGGGAACAUGGACCAAGUCACUACCUCUGCAGCGGGCCCUCUUUUGCAGAUUCUCAUGGAUGCAACCAAGAAUACCGCCGGUGCAAUCUGUCUGCUGAUGUUACCCCUCGUCUGCUUGAUCAUGGCAAUUCUGAGUGUGAUGACGACAAGCAGUCGGAUGAUAUUCGCGUUCGCGCGCGAUGGCGGCCUUCCUGCUUCCCGAUUCUUCGCCAAAGUCCACCCCACGCUUCAGCUGCCGUUGAACGCUCUGAUACUGACGGUCGUCGUGGUGAUCAUCUUUGGAUGCAUCUUCCUGGGCUCUUCCAGUGCCUUCAAUGCCAUCAUUUCGGCCGCUGUCGUCUCUCUGGACCUGUCCUACGCCAUGCCCAUCCUCGUCAAUUGCCUCCAGGGUCGUCGCGCUUUGCCCGAGAGAAAGUGGAAGAUUCCCAACACCAUUGGCUGGGUGAUCGAUAUGGUGUCUCUCGCAUAUAUUGCCCUGACGACCGUCCUAUUCGUUUUCCCGCCCUCGAGUACCGUGACCGGUAGCAGCAUGAAUUAUGCCGUCGCUGCGUUUGCCGUGAUUCUUAUCAUCUCGGUCUUUCAGUGGUUUGUCGAUGGGCGCAAGAACUUUACGGGUCCUCGUGUGGAUGUGACUCUGGAUGCCGUGGACACGACUCUGGACCCGGAGACAGACGCGGUCAAUCAUCCCAAGUCUGCGCAUGCGUAG